AUCUGAGCUUCUGAAGAGCAAAAACCUUCAGCGCUAGCCAGCUAUAGCUGAUAGGCUUUCGAAAAGAUAUUGCUAGCUAGUAAUUUCCCAACCCCCAGAUCGAGGUCACCAUGUCUUCAGCUGGGUCAAGGAGCUCCUCCUCCCGCGGCGUCGCAAACGCGGCCUCGGAGUGGAGCAGGCAGGAGAACAAGCUGUUCGAGGAGGCGCUGGCCUACUACGGCGAGGGCACGCCGGACCGCUGGCAGAAGGUGUCCCGCGCCAUGGGCGGGACCAAGACGGCCGACGAGGUGCGCCGCCAUUACGAGAUCCUCGAAGACGACUACGAUCUCAUCAGGUCCGGCAGGCUCCCGUUCCCCCAGUACAACACGCAGGGGGCUUGGAACUGAUCGAUACAAUCCAUGAUCCAUCCAGCCAUCCCCAACCAUGCUACGAAAUGACACUUCCCACUGUUUCUUCUACGUACUCCAGAUGCACUGCAACAUUGAAGUGCUUGAACUGCAACACAGGCAUAACUGAUAAACCGACCCGGCGAAACCAAUUAAUCACGUGGGAUCUAAGCUGGGAUCUUGCAGUCUAACCCCCUAGUGUUGUGCAAGUGUGCUAGUUCAGUUGCAGGCUUGUAGCUAGCCGGCAUGCACUUCUGCGUCUCCCUUUCAUGCCUAGUUGUUCUCCCUUUCUUAGAGAUGAAUGCUACUUUUACAAGAGGAAGUCAAUUAUACGUCUGUUUCGUUUUGUGCUCUGUUUGAAGGCGCAAACCAUGGCACCCCUUGAAGAGGCAACUCUGUGCAAAUGUGCAUAUACCAAUUAAAUUGGUAUAUAUAGCUACAUGAGUACUCCCUCUCCCUCUGAUCCUAAAUUCUUGACUCAAAUUUGCCCAAAUAUGAAUGUAUCUAUUCUUAAAAAGCAUCUAGAUACAUGUAAUAUUUCGACAACAAUUUAGGAUCGGAGGGAGUAUUAGCCAACCGAACCAACUUGGCCAAACCGUUUCUCUGAAAUGAAAUCAAUUUUUCCUCUAA